AGAGAGAGAAAGGGAUGCAGACGUGUGGCAGAGACAGAGUAGAGAGAUUUGGUCGACCUGUCGGUCUCUCUCAUGUCACAUCUCUGCCCUCGGGACCUGACCUCUGUCUUUCUGUCUGGAAAAUAACCUGGAAAAAUUAAAAUGGAAUAUUGGAAAACUCCGCUCUGGAAAACAGUCAGAGCAACAUCCCUCCUGCUGCUGCUGCUGCUGCUGCCGCCGCCUCAAACAGAGAAGAAGAACUGAAGAAAGAGGGAAAAGAAAGAAUGACUGAAAAUCUUAGUUUGUAUCUGUAUACGAAAGUGAAGAGGAGACGAAGGCUUGUACACAUUGGCCUAUCUGACAACUGGGGGCGGACACACAAGAUUUAUACAUAUAAUUAUACUGUUAGUGUUUUUUUUUUUUUCUUUGAGGGUAAGGCAGAGAGCAGAGAGGAGAUAAUAGGAGAGGAGAGGAAGGGAGGAGAGAGUAGAGAGCACAGAGGGUAGAGGAGUAGAGAGCGGAGCGGUGCAGAGCAGAGGACCAGAGCAGAGAGGAGGAGGAAGGAGAGGGGAAGAAGAGUUGAGGGGAGGAGAGGAGGAGGAAGAUGAGAAGAGGAGAGGAGUAAACACACUCCAGAUGGGAUCUUGGCAUAAAUUAAAAUUCCACAGGAGUCAUGAGGAAUGAACUCCACUCCAGGAUGAACCCCAGAAUUCAGUAAGCUCAAGUCACUGUUGAAAUCAUGAGCGCUCCAACGACGGGAAGCCCAAAUAUGGAGCUGAAGGUGGUCUCCCAGGAGAUGGCACUGCUUAGCAACAUAAUGGCAGCUUACACCUUCAUUGCAGACCAACCCGAGCGGACAGCAUUGGUGUUUCUGGCUGGUGUCUGUGUUGGCCUUCUCGUCACACUCUGCGCCAUCGUCUUCCAGAUACACUGUCGAGCAGACUGCAGCUAUGGAAACAGCAACAACCCUCACCAUCGCCACAGGAGCAGGCAUCAUCGCCGUCGCCUUCACAGCUGUCCCCACCAUCAGCUCGCUGACAGUAAUCCAGACAGCACUGCUGUUGUUGCGGCUGGAGGGACCGGGCCUGCUGGGGACAGCGAGUCGGAGGAGUGGGAUGAUACAUCGGAGCUGUCGGCACGACGACGCAGACGCUUCGAGAGAGCUCUGCUGCACGCCAGCAUGUUCACAUCAGCUGAGGAGCUGGACCGAGCCCAGCGGCUAGAAGAGCGGGAACGGAUUCUCAGAGAGAUCUGGAUGAACGGGCAGCCAGACAUCAGCACAGUCACUCAAAGCCUCAACAGAUAUUACUGACACAUAAUCAGUCAGAUGGAGAUGGACUUGCAGGUAGAUGGAUAAAAGAUGAAUAAAUAGGUAAACAAAUAAAAAUAAAAAAAAGAACAUAAACCAUUGGUUUGGGAGCUCUGUCUGCACUGCACCAAAGAGACGCUUAUAGAUCGAACUAUAACUAUCAGCACUGUGUGGAGCAGUCUCCCCUACUGUGUAAACAAGGAAACAUAUGAAUUGUGAUGGCUCAGCCCUCCAAUACAGGAUGACACUCAAGUGUUUGGAAAAAUGUCCUCAUGCCCUGAAAAUCCAACAAAUAAAGACACAACGGGACCUACAGAGCAUGGACCUGCAGGAUUCCUGUCAUCAAUUGUUCAGCGAGUACAGAGGAGGAACAAGAGGCAUCACGGAGGCUGCAGCUCUGCAGCCUUUGAUGAGUGUAUGGAUUCAAAUGUUAGUGAUACUGUGUUGUCUCUCAGCUCAUCCUUUAUUUGUUUUUAAAAAUGCUAUAAUAAUGAGCUGAGUACUGGAGCCUCUUUGUACGAUUAAAUGGAAGGGAAGAGAAACAUUAGCUCCAUGACAGGAUGGAGAAACUCAUACUGGUGCUUUUACUGCUGCAACUUUUCAUCCCUAAUUAAACUGAUGAAUGCACACUAACAGGAAUGGUUGUGGAGCUUGAUAAAAAGAAUUGGGGUGUGUCAUCAAGGAAAACCUGCCUACAGCCUGUUUGUGGGUUGUAUCUGUAGGCCGGGAGGUAAUCAGCUGUAGGUGUUAGACAUUUGGACAGCAGGUCGUGGUGUUUGAGAGGAUCAUGCUGCCUUUCUUAAUUUGGCUCCUGUGGUAAUGAGCUGAAAAAAUUGAAUAAACUUUUAUCCAGGAUUUUAUGAGCUCUGUGUUCUGUACAUAUUAUUAAGUAAAGUCCCUUAUUAAAACCAAA